CUGGUGUCUGUCCACACCACAGCAAUCCCUCCCUGGAGCGGUUGCCUUCGUUCUCUCUGUGAGCAAGAGCACCACCUGUGAGGGGAGGAAGCGGGAAGGAGACGCGGAAGGCGCGCAAGGGUUUCUCGAAGCCCAUUCGGGUGAAAACGGACCCCCAAACGCCUCUUUUCUGGCCAGGGUUUGGGCGCGGGCUCCAGAGGCUCCCUGGCCAUCUCCAGCUCGCCAUUGGGAUUUCCACAGAAAGAGGAGGAGCAGCCGCCUCGUGAAGGUCGUUCGUCGCUGCUGUGGCGGCAUCCUCCUCGCUCCCCGCGCCUUCCUCCAUCCAGAGGGCAAGGAGACAAGGAGGGCUUCAUUUCCAUCCAUUUGGGAGCUUUUCCCGCUGAAAGAGAGGGGGGAAACCCGCCCCAUCUCGAAAUUGGAGAAAGCGCGAGGUUGCUCUUCGAACAAAGGACGCUGAAGGCGGGGCACCUCGGCCUGGGAGAUUGGGGCGCCUUUCUGGAAAGAAGCACUGAGGCGAAGAAGGGAGACAAACCCAGCCAGGGAGCUGCUUAACAGGUUUUCAAGUUUUCCCUGACCACCAAAGAUCAAGUGGACUUUAAAAUAAGUUCUCUAAACCAGCAUGCCUUUCAAAACGGGACUAGAACUAACAGAGAUGCAGAACAUGAGGAUCCCGGAGGAUGACAAUGUCAGCAAUGAUUCCAAUGAUUUCACAGAGGUAGAAAAUGGCCAGAUGAAUAGCAAGUUUAUUGCAGACCGUGAGAGUAGAAGAAGCCUAACCAACAGCCACUUGGAAAAGAAGAAAUGUGAUGAAUAUAUUCCAGGCACAACAUCAUUGGGGAUGUCUGUCUUUAAUCUCAGCAAUGCCAUCAUGGGCAGUGGCAUAUUAGGUCUUGCCUUUGCACUGGCUAAUACAGGAAUCUUGCUCUUUUUAAUGCUUCUGAUUUCAGUGACACUGCUCUCUAUUUAUUCAAUAAAUCUCCUGUUAAUUUGUGCAAAGGAAACAGGUUGUAUGGUUUAUGAAAAACUUGGUGAGCAAGUCUUUGGCACUCCAGGAAAGUUCAUUGUUUUUGGAUCUACAUCUCUUCAAAACACUGGAGCAAUGCUGAGCUAUCUCUUCAUAGUUAAAAAUGAACUACCCGCUGCCAUAAAGUUCCUUAUGGGAGAAGAAGAAUCAUUUUCGGCCUGGUAUGUGGAUGGGCGAGUUCUUGUUGUAACAGUGACAUUCUGCAUAAUCCUUCCAUUAUGCCUUCUUAAAAAUUUAGGAUAUCUCGGCUAUACCAGCGGUUUUUCCCUGACAUGCAUGGUAUUUUUUCUCAUAGUGGUGGUCUACAAGAAAUUUCAGCUUCCCUGCCCCCUUCUAGAAGGAAACACAAAUAGAACCGACUCUGCAUUUUCAAAUUCUAGUUCUCUUUAUGAGGAUAUGUGCACACCCAAGUAUGUGACCUUUAAUUCUAAGACGGUGUAUGCUUUGCCCACCAUUGCAUUUGCAUUUGUGUGUCACCCUUCAGUCCUUCCAAUCUACAGCGAACUUAAAGAUCGUUCUCAGAAAAAGAUGCAGAUGGUUUCAAAAAUCUCUUUCUUUGCCAUGUUUGUUAUGUACUUCCUGACUGCCAUUUUUGGCUAUUUGACAUUUUAUGAAAAUGUGCAGUCAGAUCUGCUUCACAAGUACCAGAGUAAAGAUGACAUCCUGGUCUUAACAGUUCGCGUUGCUGUCAUCGUUGCAGUUAUACUCACAGUCCCAGUGUUGUUUUUCACUGUACGCUCUUCUAUUUUUGAGCUCGCUAGGAAAACCAAAUUUAACUUAGGCCAUCAUAUUGUAGUUACUUUGGUCCUUUUGAUGAUUAUUAAUCUGCUGGUUAUUUUCAUACCUUCCAUGAAGGAUAUUUUUGGAGUUGUAGGGGUAACUUCUGCCAACAUGCUGAUCUUUAUUCUCCCAUCUUCACUCUAUUUAAAAAUCACCCACCAAGAUGGCUCAAAACUGAUUCAGAGGAUUUGGGCUUCUCUCUUUUUGGCACUGGGAAUAUUGUUUUCUCUGGUCAGCAUUCCUCUUGUUAUCUACGACUGGGUACACUCAGGAGACACUGCUGACUGAGGCUACUGAGACAUUGAGAAGAAAACAUGUAUAUUUUGCUACUCACCAAAAUUGUUCCAGCCCAUUUGUCAGUUUAUCCCAUUCUUCAUUUUUUGAAAUCAAAAUACUAGGAUCAUAUGUUUCCUUGCUGAAGACAGACACUUUACUGUAAUGUUUCAUUCUCGUUUCUGUGUUUCAGAAACUACUGGAUCAGUAGUAAGUUUAUUAUUAUGGUUAUUACAGUUCUACAUAUUCACAAAUUUGUUCAUGAGUAAUAGGUACUCUGUAUGUGGCUAUUAUUACAAAAAUAAUGGAAGUAGGAUAGUCUACUUAGGUUGAGUAUCCCUUAUCCAGAAUUCAAAAAUCCUAAAGUGUCCAUAUUGGUGGCUAGGAUAGUGACAUCUUUGCUUUCUAAUUGUUCAGUGUAUACAAACCUCGUGUAUGCACAAAGUUGAUUAAACUUUGUGUAUAAAAUUACCUUAAGGUUAUGUUUAUCAGAUGUAUAUGAAACAUAAAUAAAUGUCAGGUUUAGACGUGCAUCCCAUUCUAAAAUAUCUCAUUAUGUACAUGUAAAUAUUCCAAAAUCCAAAAAAAAUCUAAAGUACAGCACUCCUGCUCUCAAGCAUUUUGAGACAAGGGAUACUCAAUCUGUUCUUGCAAGUUCAUUUUUCAAUUUAUUUUCAGUUUAAGAUCAACUAGCCAGCCUUAAUCAGAUGUAGUUCUCAGUCCUUUGAGGUAACUUUGCUUCUACCUAAUUGUACUGGUAUAGCAAUGUGGUUAAUUGAUAGAUAACUUAGUAGUUGGUUACCAAUCAAAUCUGGAAGCUUGUUGAUAUUGGUAAACAAAGCUUGUACACAAUUUAGCCUUAGUAGUUCACCCUAAGGGAAUCAUCUUUGUAUAUUACAUUUUGUAUUAAUCCGUGGAAGUUCAUGCAUACAUAUUACCCGUUUUUUUUCUUUUUCAGAAAAUGUUUAUGGUUUAUGUUUGAAUCAGAGUUUGGCAGUUAACUUUUGGACUAUAUUUCUCACGUUCCCUCAACCAGCAUGAUCAGUGGUUCCUCACUAGCCAGUGAACAGGAGGUAGGGAAUCCUGGGGAUGAUACUUUUAAAAAAGUAACUUUUUCAGACUGUUGAUCAGGUAGACAAUGAUCAGAAAGGCUUUGCUCAUGUGGAUUGCUAGCAACUGCAGAAUGCUGGCAUCCAGCAGAAGCUGCAGUCAUAAUUGUUGUAAGAAAAGAAAGGAUGGAUUGCUUAGACCUUUGCUUCUCCAGCUGUUUCUAAACCACAUGUUUCAUAAUUCCUUGCCACUGGCCAUGCUGUUUGGGGCAUAAGCAUCUGGAAAAUCAAAGAUCCCUUGCUCCUGGAUUAGACUUUGGCCAGCCAUUUCAAAGUUGGAUCCUUUUUCUACACAGCAAUGGUUAUGAAGCUAAAUUAGCCCAAAAGAACAAUACAUAAACAUUCCAUGUAUUCAAAAAGUAAACCAUCUUUUAAAGGCAGGGAGACAAAAUCUAUUUACUGAAAAACAAGUAAAGAAGAACUUUUCGUGCAUGCUAGAGAUAGCCAACAAUUUUAAGUCCUAAAACACUACAUGUAUGACUGUGUCAUAAGGCUAAGCCUAAAUGGGUAAGCUUUCAUAGAAUUAUUAAGUUUGAAGAGGCCACAAGAGCCAUGUAGUCCAAGCCCCUGACACUCAGGAAUGCACAGAUAAACACUGCUGAAAGAUGCCCUUUCAGCAUAUGCUUAAAGAUCCCUAACGAUGGAGAUUCUAUCAGCCUUUGAGGCAUGUAACUCCACUAUUGAACUGUUCCAUCAAUAAUUUCUAAUGUUUAGGUAGAAUCUCUUUUCUUAUCAUUUGAAUUCAUUGGUUUCUGUCAUAGUUUCUGUAGCAGCAAAAAUGAAGCUUUCUCCAUAUUCUGUGUGACAUCACUCCAGAUAUUUAAAAUAUCUAUUUUGUCACUUUCCAGUCUUCUCUUCUCCAAGCUAAACAUAACCGUAUCCCUCAGACAUUCUUUGUAAAGCUUGGUUUUCAGACUUUUGAUACUCUUAGCUGCCUUUCUCUGGACACAUUUCAGCUUGUCAGUAUUCUCUUGAAUUUGGACACAUAGGUGAUGGACUAUGAUUCUGCAUACCAGGGUUCAAGUCCCCAUUCAGCCAUGGAAACCCACUGGGUGACUGUGGUCACAUCACAAUCUCUCAAUUUCAGAGGAAGGCAAAGGCAUACUCCCUUUGAACAAAUCCUGCCAAGUAAACCUGCCAAGUAAACCCUGUAGGAUCUCCAUAGGUAGGAAAUAACUUUGAAGGCACAAAACAAUAACAUUCCAGGUGUGGUCUGAUCAGUGCAAACUAGAGUGGUGUUAUAACUUUGCUUGAUCUGGGCAUUAUGUCUUUGAUGAUACAGUCUAGAAUUGCAUUGGCUUUUUGGGAUGGUGUAUCAUACUCACAUUUGGUUUGUGGUAUACUUAGUAUGUUAGAUCCUUUAAAACUCCCUAUGCUCCUUGUCCAUUGAUGCUUUUGCAUUUGUUAUUCAUUAGGUCCCAUAUCCAUCCUGUCUUCAUUCUUCAAAAUGAUAGAAAAAAGUUUUGCCACACAUCAGAGUCUGUACCCAUUCACCAUCAUCCUAGAGCAGGCCUGCACAAUCUGUGGCCUUCCAGGUAUUGGGGCUUCAACUCCCUAGCCAAUUUGUGGUCAGGAAUUCUGGGAGGUGAAGUCCAAAACAGCUGGAGAGCCACAGGUUGUGCAGGCAUAUCCUAGAGCUUGGGAAAAGGUCCUUUUGUGGAACAGUACUCCCAACAUCCCUUACUCAGCUAGUAGAAUUCAGAGAAUUAACUAUCUCAAGGUCUGAUCAGUCUCCAUUUUGACAACAGACUAUGAAAUAUAGAUUAUUGUAAUGCACUCCACAUGAGGCCACCCUUGUAUGCAUUUGAAAAACUUUCAGAAUGGAAUGUUAUUGCCUGACAUGGCACAGCAUGGAGGCAUGGGACAACAUGAUCUUCUGAUAUUAAUCUUUACUGUUAUUUGCUGUCAAGCUGACUUUAACAUAUGGCGUCCCUGUGAAUGGGGACUUCCAAGAUCCCCUGCUGAGGUCUUACAAACUCAGGGCCAUGACUUUGAUUGAAUCAAUCUACCUGUUGUGCAGUCUCCCACUUUGCCUACUGCUUUCCACUUUAUCAUCAUCAUCUCAUGAUAUGUCCAAAUAUUAGUCUCAUUUUAGUCACCUUUGUGACUAUUGCGAAACCACACUACACUGGUUGCCAGUUGAUUUCUGAGCAUACUUCAUAGUGGUGCUUUACACCUAUAAAAUCUAUAUAAAUUUAGUUAUACUGCAAAUGAGUAAUAGAAAUAGGGGGAGUUCCACACAUCAUGAACCGUUUGGGUUACAGUGAGUUGCUUGGAAGCAGAUGUCUUUUUCUUCAUCUUUUCUUUACUCAAAAGAAGCCUCCACUAGCACAAGGAGAGGAAUAUGUAAUAUUUUCUACCGAUUUGUGGCUCCAUAUCCUAGGUCCUCUAGUAUAUAAUACCGGUAGUCUGCCCUCCACAUUUGUGGUUUUGAUUUUUGUGGAUUUGGUUAUUCACAGAUUUGAUGAAAAUGUUGACUAUAGUAUUACACUAGAGAUUUCUAGGAAUCUGUAGAUCCUCUAGUGCAGUGGUUCUCAACCUGGGGUCCCCAGAAGCUUUUGGCCUACAACUCCCAGAAAUCCCAGCCAGUUUACCAUCUGUUAGGAUUUCUGGGAGUUGAAGGCCAAAAACAUCUGGGGACCCCAGGUUGAAAACCUCUGCUGUAGUGUAACUGUAAUCCAUCAGAAGUUACCCACAUUAUCAUACUGGAGGACCUAGAGGUUCCCAGAAUGUUCCCGGGUGUUUUUUUUCCUAGGGUGUUCAUAAAAACGCAGGUCCAAUACAAAAUAGGCAUUGAACCUUUCCUGAAUUUCCUGUUGUGGUUUUAAUUCGAAUUGUUUUGAGUACCCAUCUGUAAUACAGGAAAUGGAGAAAUGUGGUUUCCUGUAGGUUCCCAUGGCACAGAGAUUUGUUUUGGAACCAAUCAAGAGAAAAUAGCCACUGAUAUAGAUUGUGUCCUUAUGCAUGUUAACUCCCAUUGAGUCAAGUUGUAGGUAAUCAUGCAGUUUAAGAAUGCAGUCCAGACAGUCAGCUGGUGUAGUCAGCUGUUUAGACUCGUUUUUUAAUGAAGUGGAACCAAACAAAACCCAUUGAUGAACCCUGGUGCAUUCGUCCCCACCCGGUGUCCUUCUAUUAUUUUCAACUACAGCUCUUGUCAUCCAUGCUUACUGGCCAUGCUGAUUGGAUUGAUGGGAAUGGUUUUCUGCUAACUUUGGAGGGUACUGGGUUAGAAAAGACUUCUUUGCUGUUGGUGCACAUUCUCAUUGGGCUUUAGCUUCCAACUGCUUCAGUGCCUGUUAUACAGAUGCUUUUUUCCUUUUUAUAUAAUUACUUGUGGAUCAUUAUUACCCAUGCUUUGCAAUAACAAGUCUUUACUUUAUCUAGUUCUGAUUCUGGAACCAUUAUCCAUCCUGCUAUUCAGUCACUUGUAUAUUUUAAACCAAAAUUUGCAGGUGCACCCAUACUUACUUAAUGAGCUCUAUUCAGUAACCAUUUUGCCUCUUUGUAGAAUGUGGAAUUUUUUAUUUAUCAUUUCUUCAAAGUGCGUUUUCUGUAUCACAUAGUUCAUCUUCAAAAUUUCUCUGUAAAGUAGAUUGGUAAUAGUUCCAUUUACAGAUGGACAACUGAGGCCAAGAAUGAAAAUGACUUGCUCAUGGCCAAGCAAGGAUUUGAAUUUAAGUCUCCAGAUUAAGCCAAGCAAUGUGUCUGUUAAACAAUUUUUAAAAAGAUAUAGACAGGUUUGAAGAAUAAUAGGGAAAAUUGUGUCUGGAUUUGAACUGACUUAUGAAGCUUUGCACUAGAUUUUUUUCAAAAACCCUGGGAAAUUGAAGAAUUUAUUCAGUGACUGUCUUAGGAGUCACUAAAAUAUUGCUGCUCACUUGCAGAUAAAUUGGCAAUUUUUUAGUAAUGAAUAUAGCGCACAAAGCGUUGAGGAGCACAGAGAAAGCACAUCUCUAAAGUAAUAUAGGAUUAAUAAGAAUGUUGUGAAAGUUCAGUGAUAGCUAACUCACAUAUAUUUAGGAAAUAGAGUUUCUGAUUAUUAUUUUUAUAUUCCAAGAAAAAUUAUUGAGAGAUUUCAAACAAAAUAAUUCAGAAUUCUCUCUGCUUAGUUUUCUAUUUUAAUGUCAGUGUACUGCUUCCCUGCACCUUCUCUGUGACUAGGAGUGAUGUUUUAUUGCCUUAAAAUAGCCUUUCCCAAACUGGUAUGUUACAUUUCCCCUCCACAACACAGUAUGAUGGCUGGGAAUGACAUGAAUUGUAAUUUUAACACACCAAAUGCAUGCUAGAUUCAGGAAGAUUGCCUUAGGUGACUUUAAAGGAUGAAUCCACAAAUACACGGAGGAGAGGAGGUCUAUCAACAACUGUUAGCUUUGCUAAAUAACAGUUAACAAUGGAAACACUGAGUGCCCAUGAGUCCAUUAAUCACUAACUAUGAAUAAUACUGCCAUCAUAGACUAGUUGUGGGCACUCCUACCUCCUUUGGGGAUGGGUUACAAGAGGGCAACAUCAGGCCCGUGAGUCACAUGUGGACCCAAUCACCAUCAGAUAGUGCUGCUAAGGAAACUGCAGUGAAAGCUUUUUUUCUCCUUUCUCUUCUGAAAAGGAAAAGAUAUUGUUUGUCCUCCUUCUCUCCAUGUCUCAAUGGUGCUAGAGGAUACUCAAAAUAUCAUCUUAUACUGUAGAAUAUAAUUUUUGUGAUACUUGGUGAGUGCAUCAAACAGUCACAAUUUCAUCAGCUGCUGUAUGUCAGAAGUCACGAUACUGCUCUUGGGGCAUGGAGUCUCAUGUUGACAUCCUUGGCAAAGAAAUUUGAUCUGGAAUAAGGCAACUGUGGACAGCAAGGAAGUUAGAUUAGCCCUCCUCCCCCCCAACUUUGGAAGACUGCAGUCUCCACUGUACCCACCCCCACAAAAAAUAAAAUACAUUUUGUUUAGGUUUCCCAUUUUGUUUAGAGGCUUUCUUUGACAUUUGAGCAAUUUUAAUGUAAACUAAAAUUUGUUUUUACCUUUGAGAUUCAGAGAUGAAAAUACUUUUGGGGGGGGGGGGGGGGAAAUCCCUAGUAGUAAUUUUGGAGCAAAAUGGGUUUUUGAAGAAGAUUUGUGACUUGUGGAGCCCCUCAAAAACAGACUGGGAGAUCUACAUUUGGCCCAUCCCUGGAUUAGAUGAAUUUUUUUGUUUUACACAGCAGAAUUCUUAGAUUUUGAGAGCUGGCUACAAUGUCUUAAAUCUGUUCUUUCCUAUUAGGGCAGAUACGUUAAUUAUGUUGCUGGGAUCAUAAAUCCAUGUUUUUGUUAAUCCCAUUGAUUCAGUGUACCUAGUAGUUGGAACCACCUGUUUAAUACAUGUUGAAAGUCACCCCUAAGCAUUGCCUUAUGGAACAAAAUGUGUACAGUUACUGUAAAGCAGUGGUUCUCAACCUGUGGGUCCCCAGAUGGUUUGGCCUUCAACUCCCAGAAAUCCUAAUAGCUGGUAAACACCUGGGGACCCACAGGUUGAGAACCACUGCUGUAGAGGAUCCAAAUACCUCUUCAUCACCUAAUUUGGUUGGAUGUCUGUUGCAGAAUAGCCACAUUUCCUCAAUAUACAAAGCAAUAGACUUUUGCUUCAGUGGAAGAAGAAACUAAGAACAUGGGGGAGGGAGCCAGUAUCCUGGUUUGUCAGGGACAGAGCUGGUUAACCAUUGGCAUCCCCUUUUACUAGCUACUUUCUAAAAUGCCCCAGUUUUCUAGUUCUCACUUUCCUCCAUCAGUCAUUCUUUAAUUGAUGCAAGGAGAAUUCAGAGCACAAAAGUAGUUUGAACUGUCAAGUAACCCAUCAAGAAGGAGAGAAGGAGUGUAAUCUUGCCCUUCCCAUUAGGAUCCCCUUCUCCCAAGAUUUUCUAAACUCAGUAUAUAUAAUAUAUAAACUUCUGGGCUUGUUCACUUAAAAUGGUGGUUUUGUGUGCUCUUUCUCAUUACUAACUUUUGUUGCCUGGCCAUGUGUGUGUCUCAGUUUUCAGUUGGGUGAAGUGUUGGAGCAUAUGCUCUUCAUCCCCUAUGUAUGAUUUUGCACUUUUGCUUGAGCACCAAAUACAUUCUGGAUGAAAUUUAAGACUAGCAUUUCUUUACGAGAUAACUCGUAGAUAGCUCUCCUUGGUCCUUCACUCUGAUAUCAUUCAUAUAAAAUCCCAACAGAAUGUAUGUAUCAGUUCAGAUGGAUUUUCAAAAAGACACUCAAAUCUUCUCUCUAAAAUAAGUAUCUCUGAAAGUGCUGCUUGGUGUCAGAAGUUAUUACCUUGUGCAUGUAGUGUGCACAGUUCUAAACUGAAUGUUUGCAUUGUUUCACAGCGUAAAUUCUUCUGUUUUCAAAUGUGAAGAUGAUAAUGUUGAAGGACUUAUUGAUAUUCCAUACUUUGUAUAUAGAUAUAUAUAUAUCCCUGAGACUGAUUUUUGUUCACAGCAACAAAAAGAAUCUAUGCAGGUGUAUGGUACUGUAGGAAAUGUUUCAUUUGUGUAUGUAUGUAUGUAUAUAUAUAUUUGUAAAUAAAUAGGAUGCUUCUAUUUUUGCAGUUGUGUAUUCCAUAAAAACAAAGGUGUUGAGUUAGUUCAUCUGUAAUAAUAAUGUAAGGUGUUUGCAGCCAGAUCUGAAUACUAGCAUCAACACCUUAGCUUUUAACUUUGUUACAUCUGCCCUCUCCUUCUUUCACUGUCCUGUUCCAUUUCACUCUGUAAGAAAGUUUCCUAGAGCAAAUUGUAAUGGUUCUGUAACUGCAUUGUUUAUUGUAGCACAUUUCUUAAGAGCACAAUCCCAUGAAAUGCCAGAGCUUAUUCCUAACUAACUACAAUUGAUUUAUCUGUGUCAUCAGGAAAUAGCUUGUAAUCCUUUUGCAGUGCCCUUUAACUAGAGCUUGGGAAACUGCAUUCUCUUACUGGGGGUAGAACGGCAAUUGUCCAAGAUCUGUCUUUAAUGUUCUGUACUGUGAUCCAGAGCUUUCUGUGUGCCCAGUUGUGACCACAAACAGUGAAAGCAGCAUUAUUAAAAGCCAAGAGUUUGGUUUAAGUAGCCCAAUGGUGUAUUGACAUUAAUUUCUCCAGACAUUAGUUUUCCUCUGCAGUGUGAGAACCUUGAAUUGAAAAGGCUUGCUAUUGAACUUUAUAUAUAUGUUCUGUCAGCAAGGUGUAGCUCAUCUCCAGAUGUCACACCUCCAUACAGAAAAAUAAUCAACAAGAGGAGAUUUCUAAUACCAAGAUGACCGAAUAUACACUCCUGAGUGUUCAUUGGCCACUGUUGGUUCAAACUGAUUUCCAAAAAGACUUGUAAAUAUAAGCACAUUUGAAAUUGAAGUUUUUCAGUGACAUUGCCUGAGGAAGCUAUCGUAUAUCUGUGACAACAGGAAUCAAUUCGUAAUCCUUCAAUCUCUUUGGCUUGAUUUUUGGCUCAUUAAUUGUGGUGGGUAAAAAGUGGACUAUGGACAAGGAAUAAGAGAUAGUCAUUCUUACAGUUUGCAUUCAUGAAGAAGUUAUUUUUCUGUUUCUAGAUCAGUGGUUCUCAACUUGUGGAUCCCCAGGUGUUUUGGCCUACAACUCCCAGAAAUCCCAGCCAGUUUACCACCUGUUAGGAUUUCUGGGAGUCGGAGGCCAAAACAUCUGAGGACCCACAGGUUGAGGACCACUGUUUUAAAGGGAGGGUAUGAUAUGUGUUCUUUACUGAUAGAGGUUAUCCUCUCUUUCCUAUUCAAUGUCAAGGAAAUGUUCCCAUAUACAGAAAUAUAACAAGCAUUGUUAACAGAAAUGUUAAGUGAGCACUGGUAAUUGCAUUGUGUUUUGGUCUUUUGUAGAACAGACAAUCCAGACCUGAAGUAUUCAAUGUUAAAUUAUUUUAUCAUGCAUUCAGUUACCUACUAAUUUGGUCCUUGAAGUAAAAACCAUACAAGUAAUCCUGUUCAAUUUUUUACAUAAAUAUUUUCCUAAUUUGAAAUGUAUCUGUUCAGAUUUCUGGGGUUCAUUUUUGUGAUUAUGGUGGACAACUUGAAAGAGCUACAGUUUUAAGUAUGAAUAUAAAUUUCAGUGGGGGAAAAGCCUAAACUGUUACUUUUCAGCUUACUAUGUUAUUUCUUUCUGGUGCUGCAAAUACUAAAACUGAAUGUACUGAAUGAAAUGUCACUGAUUCUUUAGAAGUGAACAGAAUUUACACUUGUUUGGACUAAAUCAGAUUCUUGAAGUCUGAACUAAUGUUAAUAUUUGCCUUAUUUACCCACUCAUUUUUCAAAAAACUAUUUGUAAUUUUGUUGUUGUUGCUCUGGCUUGUACGUUAUCAUUCCUUGUGUUUGUAUUUAAUGAUAUACAUAUAAAUGAUAUUAUAUGUAAAUAAAAAUGUACUGAAUUCUGAAA